AUGGGCAUAAACAGAAACAAUAACUUUCGCAACCUUACCAUUAAUGAUAAAGCAAACUACUGGCCAUAUGGAGGGACAUUCUUCAGUUCCCCAACAGGAAGAUUUUCAGAUGGUCUUCUUGUCCCUGACUUCUUAGCCAUGAAGCUUAAAAUACCUUUGUGGAAGCCCUAUCUAGCAUCAGGAGGGGAACACGAAUUCCUUCAUGGAGCCAAAUUUGCUGGAGGUGGAUCAGCUGCUCUCGGUGACCUCGGUAUUCCUGGACGGAAGGUCGCCACCGUGCUAAAACAAAGUCUUGGUGACAUGGAGGCAAAGAAGUUGCUAAUGGAAGCUGUUUACGCAUUUAGCAUUGGAACAAACGACUAUGCUAGUUUUGCUAAAACUUACCCUUUUGCUAAUGCAACAAAACAACAAGAAUACGUUCAUAUGGUGAUUGGAAAAUUGACAGACGUUAUCAAGGAAAUAUACAAGAUAGGAGGAAGGAAAUUUGCAAUGCAUAAUGUUGGGCCAUGGGGCUGCAUGCCAAGACUGAGACAGUAUUUUGGGCUCAGCAAUAACAAAUGUCAUGAUGGUUUAUUAACAAUUGCAAGGAUGCACAAUGAUGCUCUAUCCAAUGCUGCUAUGGAGAUUGAGAGUCAAUUAGCAGGAUUCAAAUACUUGAUAUUUGAUGUCUACAAUUCUGCUCUUAUCAGAAUAGAACGAUUCAAAGAAUCUAUCAUUGCUUACCGCGGCAAUAAUUGUGGAAUAGAACCAUACGAAUUAUGUAGUAACCCAAAUGAUCAUAUAUUUUUUCAUGGAGCUCAUCCUACUGAACAUUGCUACAAGCAAAUGGCUAGGCUAAUAUGGGAGGGAGGACCAAAUGUCACCAAGCCAUAUAACAUGAAGCAAUUAUUUGCACUUGAAGUCAAGGAUAUUGAGAACUGA